CAGCACUAUUCUAAUCAUAUUGUACUACAACUAGAUCUAAGCAGUACAUUUAAUCGGUGUUAAUAGAAACUGAAAAUGAAGUUAAUCAUACUGGUCCUGUGUGUUGCCGCUUUGGCUUUGGCUGAAGAUAAAUACGAUUCUUUAGAUGAUAUAGAUCUCGGCGAAGUGCUGGGUAAUGACAGGCUGUUAGUUUCAUAUUCUAAAUGUCUGUUGAACAAAGGACCUUGUACUCCAGAAGUUAAGAAACUCAAAGAAAAAAUGCCUGAAGUCUUGGAAACACAAUGCGCAAAAUGUACAGAUAAGCAAAAACAGAUGGGAAAACAAUUGGUAAAUGAAAUUAAAUCCAAACAUCCUGAAAUUUGGUCGGAAUUAUCUUCCUUCUACGAUCCUCAAGGAAAGUACCGUCAAGCGUUGGAAGAGUUUCUUAAAUCUUAAUUAAUACAAGUUCUUUUCUUAAUCAUUUUUGUAAGACAAUUUCUUAAAUAUUAAUAAA